AUGGCCGUGCGACGCAGUGUAUUGGAGACACUUAAUGACACGGAGUUAAUACAAAGAUACCGCCUUAACCGUGAGGGAAUACUGAUUGUUGUGGAUCUUGUGAGGGAUGCAAUAACAGCGCCAACUAUUCGCAACAACCCAAUCAGGGCCCAAUUGAAAUGUUUGACAACACUUCGCUACCUGGCAACGGGAAAAAUGCAAUUGUGUAAUGCCGACGAUCUAGCGAUAUCCCAGCCAUCGGUAAGCAGAUCCAUCCACCAAACCAUCAAUGCACUCUGUAGACCCCAUAUUAUUCGACAGUUCAUAAGUUUUCCUUUGGACAUUCGCCAACUCCAAAGAAACAAAGCCAGCUUUAUGGAUAUUGCUGGUGUGCCCGGAGUGGUCGGUGCUAUAGACGGGACCCAUAUUAAACUAAUUGUACCACAUCAGGAUGAGGACGUGUUUGUGAAUAGAAAGAAAACCCACUCCAUCAAUACCCAGAUUGUGUUCGAUGCAAACUUCACAAUUCUCGAUGUUGUUGCAAAGUGGCCUGGAUCCACUCAUGACUCGAGGAUAUUGAUGGAAAGUGGUCUGAGGCAACUGUUUGAGAGACAUCAUGUGCCAGCUGGAUGUCACUUGGUGGGGGACAGUGGCUAUCCCUGUAAGUCGUGGCUCCUUACACCUUACCUCCGUCCACAAGUGGGACCACAGUUAAAUUACAAUAGAGCACACAAGAAGACACGCAGCGUGGUGGAAAGGGGGAUUGGACAGCUAAAGCGACGUUUCCACGUUUUACAUAGUGAAAUCCGCCUUAGUCCAGAGAAGACGAGUAAAGUGAUCACUGUGUGUGCGCUUCUUCACAACCUGUGCCGGCAAAGGAACAUACCACAGACAGAAGAUGGUGAUGAGUUUGACGAUGAUGAUGAUGAUAAUGAUGAUGAACACAGAGAAUUUGUUGAUGAAGUGGAACAAUGUGGACUGGCAUUCAGGGAUCACUUUGUCUAUACACACUUUAGGGGUGAUGGCUUUGCACCAGCAGCAGGACUGAGGGGAGAGGCAGGUGAUGGGAUUGUGGAAGAGGAAGCUGGAAGAGGUGCAGCUUCUGUGGUAUCAGAAUUGACCAAUGACCUCAAAUUGAGAGUCACGAAAGACAAAAUGAAACAGCUGAGGGCGUCAAACACCCUCAUACCGAUGAGAAGUUUCUUUGAUUUGACGGAGCACCAGAGGCCAGAAUCAGAGGAAACGGAGGCUUACACCUCUCAGGAUACAGGCAGCGAGCAUAUCUCCACCUCAGGCUCCUGUUGA